CCAUCAACCUUCUUCUUCACUCCCAUCAAAGCAAAACUAUCUCUCUCCUUCACAUUCCAUUUUUCUCACUCUCCGAGAAAAAGCUCUGCACUUUCUCAAAGAGAAUGUUCAUGGGAAAGAUGGGUCUUUUGGGAAUCUUGGUGUUGUGUUUUGCUGCAACGGUGUGCUCUGUUCGUGGCUAUGACGCUGGAUGGGUCAAUGCUCAUGCCACCUUCUACGGUGGAAGUGAUGCUUCAGGAACAAUGGGUGGAGCUUGUGGGUACGGGAAUCUCUACAGUCAAGGAUAC